CAUAAACAUUUGAGCUUUUUUUGCUCCACUUUGCGGAAUCUUCGCUUUCUCCUAACUUCCAUUCAGGCAUCCCACGUCUUCUUCUCGAGAUUCAGCCGAGCUCAGUCCACCUCCAUUUUCCAUUGCCUGCCAUACCUUCGCCUUCAUACCACACUGAUUUCUCCACACCCUAACUCGCGAUCAUUCUCAGUUCGCCGUGCUCCAUAACCUUGAUUUGGAAAUCCGUCCAAUCUUUUAUUUCUCUCCGCUCCGAUUCUUCUCACAAUCCAUGGAAUCUGCGCCGGAAAUCAUCGACAUAAGUUCCGAUGAGGAUGAAGACAUCAGUUUGAGGAUUCCGGAGGAAUCCAGGGCACAUCACUGCGGGGAAAGAAGGGGAAAAGAUGGUGAUUGCAAUGACCUGAUGAUGCCGAUGCCCGAAGCUUCACUUGAUGUGUCGGAUGACGAGGACUGCGUGAUUCUCGAUGGGGCUCCUAAAAGUGUGGCAGCAGAUUCAGAGUUUGUGGAGCUCGGGGGUGAGAUUUUGGAUGAGAUGCUUAUUGUUGGAGAGAAGGGCCAGUUUGCCUGCAGGGAUUAUCCACAUCCUCGGUAUCUCUGCGCUACAUUCUUGUUCACAAUGACUCCACACAAAAAGCAUUGUAAUAUGUGCCACUGCUAUGUUUGUGACUGCCCGGCACCUUGCACCUACUGGGCAAGCCAUUGCAGUUCAACUCACAAGGAGCAGUCUUGGAGAAUCGAACGGCUGUUAUUUAGGAAAAGAAAGAGAGAACAACAGAAUGCUCAUCAGAUUUUCGAUGUUAAACCCACCUUUAUCGGCCUCGAUCGACCAGAUUCGAAAUUCGCACGAUCUUUGUCACCAAAGGAUGAAGUGAAAUCAACAUGGAGACAUGUUGCGACUCAGCGCUCUCAUAUUAAACCCGCCCUGAUUGGCCAAAUUCAUUCCAUUUCCAAGACUUCAUCAUCCUUAUCGUCAAAUGAACCACCCCAUCACCCUACCGACACCGCCGCCUCUCGUCCUAAAGAUAUACUAGCCGCAAUUUACCAGAAUUGUCCUCUAGUUAUCUCUUGUCGUCGCCGAAUACCCCCAUCUUGUCAAGCUGAUGAAUCAUCAGACACAGAUAACGAUGACUAAUUCUCCUUGAUUUUCUUAUUAUUAACAGGGGAUUCUCCUGAUGUUUGCUAAUUUGCUCCGAGAAGGCUGCUGUUUCAUCAAAAUUCUGUAAGAAAUGUAGACUCUGUUCAUUUCUUAAGCAUGGCAGCAAUAAUUUCAACUCCAGAUGGAUCUAAAAUGCUGCUGUGCAGUUUGAAGAAGUUGGUUCAGCUGAAAUCUUAGGUAAAUCAGCAUAAUCCCAUGUCUUCAGUGGCAGGUAUCUGCUCUUCCUGUUGUUAUGAUUGUACAGUGCAAUGUUUAGUCUGUUAUAAUUAGUUGUUUUAGAAGAUUGUGAAGUUUGGUAUUUGUGAAAUUGAUGUCAAUAGUGUGUUUAGUAUGGUUGAU